AUGGAUUCUGAAAUUGUGAAAGUCAGCGUGAAUGGUCGGCGCUAUGAGGUACCAAAGUCUUUGAUAGAUAGACCGCUGAAACAGGCGAAGACUGGUGGUAAGAAUUAUCGGCAGUUGGAUGACGGUCAUUAUUACUUCGCACGCCAUGUUGGAUGUUUUGAAGCGGCUUUGGAUUACCUGAAUCUUCGCGAGCUCCACAUGCCGCAGGAUGUUUGCCCCUCGGUGUUCAUUCGAGAGAUGGAGUUUUGGGGGGUGGAUGUUAACGAGAUGAAAAACUGCUGUAAGAUGAGGAUGGACAUAUUCCUGGAGGAAGUGAAGAUAUUGGACAGUAUGAAUAAGGAAGAGACGCCCUCAACAAUCAACAAAGGCACCUGGCGGGGAUUCUUUCACGAGUCCCUAGAAGAACCACACUACAGUGUCUUUGGACAGAUAUACUUCUGGUUGUCCAUGGUGUUCGUCUUGCUGGCGGUGAUAGCGCUCUGUGCUGAGACCAUGCCUCAGUUUCGACAUAAGCUCUCCAAGGAAGAAUGGAAAGAAUUCCUGGGCGACAAAUUCCACAGUUACGAAAACCUUGUCGAAGAGAAAUUAGGUUUGAGUAAAUCGCAGGAAGAAGAUGACUUUAAUACCACGGCCAACUUCUCAGUAUCACGAAAACCUCAUCAAGGUAAACUGCCUCCACAUUUAGGGGGACCUAUGCCAAGUAUACACCUUUUGUCUCUUGCUUGUGGUAUUUUCUUCUCGGUUGACCUCCUGUUUCGAUUUGGCGUUUACGUCAACAGACGAAGAUUUCUAUCUUCGCCUCUCAAUUUAAUCGACACAGUGGCAGUAAUUGCAUUCUUUUCCAGAGUCGUCCUUGUGGCUAUUUUCCCAGAGUUGAAGUACACGUCAUCUUAUAUGGACUUUAUCUCAGCCAUCAGUACGGUACGGGUGUUUAGAGUGUUUCGUCUGGUCGGACAGUGCAGCGGACUUCGAGUGUUCCUAUUCUCGCUUAGGGCAGGAUUUCGUGAGAUUUGGCUUCUGGUUCUGCUACUCGGCAUUGGGGUACUAAUGUUCUCAAGUCUGUUUUACUUCUGCGAACGCCCAACCGAGAAUAUAGAGAGUAUCCCAGCAGCGUUUUGGUGGGCUAUCAUUACCAUGACGACAGUAGGAUAUGGGGACACUGUACCCCGGUCUCUCCUUGGAAAGAUAUUGGGGUCGGUUUGCGCUAUAAGCGGGGUCAUCGUCAUGGCUGUGACCGUCCCGAUCUUUGCCAGCAAGUUUGCCUUGUAUUACCACCGCGUUGGCCGUUGUCGGAGUGUUACUGGGAAUCAGUACAAACCCUUCAGAAGGUACUCCAGUUUUGUCAAACCCAUGCCGGAAUACGGUUCUCAAAAGGACUCCUAA